UCGAUAUGUGUAUUGUGUUGUGUGUAGUUUUGAUAGAUCCUAGGCCUAGAGGUUUAUUGUGAAAUGUUCAUGUGAUUCAUACCACUGACACCAUCAAAAUAAUGCACACACAUGCCUAUGACUAACAGAGUGAAUUACACGACUUCAUUGACAGUUUCAAAACGACCUAGAAAAAGUUGACAGUUCCUCCACUCUUGGACACUAUGAGGUUCUGAAAAUGUGUCAGAUUCUCUGAAUAUGCAGCGUUUUGGAGACUUUCAUUUUAGCGCUUCUCAAGUUCAAUAGUGUCUAGGAGAAAUAUUGAGCUAUGGAUCUUCGUCUGGUAGAUCUGGGGGCAGUGAGUUCUGACGAUGAGGAUGACCACGGCGCCUGCCUGGACACAGUGCCCCUGAUGUGCGGCGACAGCUUUGAGAUGGACGAGAGUGACCGUCUGGUCAAUGAGCGGCGGCGGCGCUACCGGACGAGGGGCUUUUUCAGCUUCUUGUCGCAGCGUUGGUCCAGCUUCUGUUCAAACUGCUGGGGCCGAGUGUUCUCGGUGUGCUGCAGAGAGAAGGAGCUGCGUCCGCGGACUGUGCACAUCGGGCUAGGCACACACCAGACGGAGAAACACCCUCGCAAUGUGGUGCGCAACCAAAAGUACAGCAUUAUCACCUUCAUACCUAAGGUUUUAUUUGAGCAGUUCAAGUUUUUCCUCAACCUCUACUUUCUCAUCAUCGCCUUGUCCCAGUUCAUCCCUGAGCUGAGAAUUGGAUACUUGUACACAUACUGGGGGCCUCUGGCUUUUGUGCUGUUUGUGACCAUGAGUCGAGAGGCCCUGGAUGACUACCGCCGAUAUAGGAGGGACAAGGAGGCAAAUUCUCAAAAAUUCAAGAAGCUUACUCGAGAUGGGAUAAUUCGUGUUCCUAGUUCAGAUAUACAAGUUGGACAUCUUGUCAUUUUAGAAAAGAACCAAAGAGUGCCUGCAGAUAUGGUUUUGCUGAGAACAUCAGAGAAGGACGGAGGGUGUUUCAUCCGUACUGACCAGCUGGAUGGAGAGACAGACUGGAAAUUACGUCUGGCUGUGCAAGACACACAUAGACUCCCUUCUAAUGUGGAUAUCCUAGACAUCACAGCCAAUGUUUAUGCUGAAAAACCCCAGAAAGACAUUCACAGCUUUGUUGGGACAUUCACACGAUCGGACACUGGAAGUGAACAUGAGGACUCCCUGAGCAUCGAGAACACACUUUGGGCCAACACAGUGGUGGCUUCUGGCACCGCUCUGGGCGUGGUCAUCUACACAGGCUCGGAGACACGCAGUGUCAUGAACACCUCGCAGCCCAAGAGCAAAAUUGGUCUACUGGACCUGGAGAUCAACACACUGACCAAGCUGCUUUUCUUUGCUGUUCUCGUCUUGUCGCUUGUCAUGGUUACCCUCAAGGGCUUUGGAGGACCAUGGUACAGAUACUUUUUCCGCUUUGUGCUUCUCUUCUCAUACAUUAUCCCCAUCAGUCUGCGUAUGAACCUGGACAUGGGCAAAGCUUUCUAUUCUUGGGUGAUCCAACGAGACAAAACUAUCCCAGGCACUACAGCACGCAGCACCACCAUCCCAGAGGAGUUGGGCCGAAUCACAUACCUACUUAGCGACAAAACUGGCACACUCACUCAAAAUGAAAUGGUGUUCAAACGACUCCACUUGGGCACUGUUUCUUUCACCCCGGAGACAAUGGAUGAGGUUGUAUCCCACCUCAAGACAUCAUAUUCCACCCCAAGCACCACAAAUGCCACACCAGUGCGUAGCUCUGGACCUGUGCGCCGCAGUGUGCUGACGCGUGUUGUGGAAGCGGUGCGUGCCAUUGCUCUGUGCCACAAUGUGACUCCUGUGUACGAGGAGUCGAGCAACGGUGAUGUGAAAAGUGACGACACUGAGGCAGACCAGCAACUCAAGCAGAGGGUCUCCUACCAGGCCUCCAGUCCAGAUGAGAUUGCCCUCGUGACAUGGUCAGAAAGUGUCAACUUGACUUUAGUGAAGCGUGACCUCAAUUCCAUCACACUGAGAACCCCCACUGGUGCCUUAGCAUCCUACAGCAUUUUGCAAAUCUUCCCGUUCACUUCCGAGUCCAAGAGGAUGGGCAUCAUUUUGAAGGACAAAGAGUCUGGGGAGAUCACAUUCUACCUGAAAGGAGCUGAUGUCGUUAUGCAGUCUAUUGUACAGUACAAUGAUUGGUUAGAAGAAGAGUGCGGUAACAUGGCUCGAGAGGGCCUGAGAACUCUGGUGGUGGCAAAGAAAGUUCUCUCUGAGGAACAGUAUCAAGAGUUUGAUUCCCGUUACCACCAGGCAAAGAUGAGCAUUCAAGAGAGAAACAGCAAAAUGCAGGCUGUAGUUGAGGGCUUGGAACGUGAUAUGGAGCUUCUCUGUCUUACAGGUGUUGAGGAUAAGCUACAGGAAGGAGUCAGACCCACACUGGAGAUGCUUCGAAAUGCUGGAAUUAGGGUGUGGAUGUUGACAGGGGACAAGCUGGAGACUGCAAUUUGCAUUGCAAAAAGCUCGAAGAUGGUGUCACGACUCCAGGACAUUUAUGUAUUUCAAUCGGUCAACGACCGUAGUGAAGCUCAUUUGGAGCUUAACUCCCUGAGGAGGAAGAACGAGGCGGCUCUCAUCAUCAGUGGUGACUCCUUACAGGUUUGCCUCAAGUUUUAUGAGCACGAGUUUGUGGAGUUGGCGUGCCAGUGCCCAGCUGUCGUCGUGUGCCGCUGCUCCCCUACACAGAAGGCGGACAUUGUCAAGUUGCUCCAGACUCACACGGGCAAGAGAACGAGUGCCGUGGGAGAUGGGGGCAAUGACGUCAGUAUGAUUCAGGCUGCUGAUGCUGGGAUUGGUAUUGUGGGAAAGGAAGGCAAACAGGCCUCAUUGGCUGCAGAUUUCUCCAUCUCCCAGUUCAGCCACAUUGGGCGUUUGUUGCUGGUACAUGGUCGGAACAGCUACAAGCGCUCGGCUUCACUCAGCCAGUUUGUCAUUCAUCGUGGUCUCAUCAUCACAACAAUGCAGGCUGUCUUCUGCUCGGUUUUCUACUUUGUUUCCAUCGCCCUCUUCCCAGGAUUCCUGAUGGUUGGAUAUGCGACAGUGUACACCAUGUUCCCAGUCUUCUCUCUGGUGCUUGACAAGGAUGUGUCAGCUGACAUUGCCAUCACUUACCCGGAGCUGUAUAAAGAUUUAACCAAAGGGCGAUCUCUGUCUUUCAAGACUUUUUUCCUGUGGGUCCUGAUUAGUCUCUAUCAAGGUGGCAUAAUCAUGUACGGGGCGCUGCUUCUGUUUGAGGCAGAGUUUAUCCAUGUUGUGAGCAUCACGUUCACCUCGCUCAUCCUGACGGAGCUGCUCAUGGUGGGGCUCACGGUGCGCACGUGGCACUACCUCAUGGUCUUAGCCCAGCUCCUCUCACUCGCCAUCUACAUAGUCUCCUUGGCUGUGCUCAAGGACUACUUUGAUAAUCAGUUCUUGAGGACUUGGGAUUUUGUUUGGAAGGUCCUGGUGAUUACAUCCAUCUCCUGCAUUCCGUUGUAUGUGCUGAAAUACUUGAGGAAGAAAUUCUCACCUCCAGUGUACUCGAAACUGACGCCAUGAGUUGAACUCAUUCCUGAGUGUCUGAGACUGCCCUGGCAUUCAGAAUAAUGUUAAGCUGUUCCAGACACUUUAUAAAACUGUGUGUUGUGUGUGACUGAUGGAGUCUGUUGCCUGAAGAUAAACAGAUGAAAUGAUGGAUGUGUGUUGGUCUUACUCAUGUUCAAAAACUCAUCGUCUCUCCACUGAGAAUGUGUCGCCCGGAAAACAGUGAGUGACAUCCUGAGGAGUCUGUGUGUAUUUUUGCCUAGAGGUGUUUGAUACUCGUACAUCAGGUUAAUAUUGUUAUGGUAAAGAUUUGUGACAAGUAUUUUGAGGUUCUUUAUUAAUAAUGCACAUCAAAACCAUAAACCAUUUGAUUCUUAGCCAGCCACCUUUCAUUGAUGAGAUUUGGGAGGAUAGAAUUGUUGGAUUUGGAAACAAAGCUAAAGUAUGCCCCUAUGAUGUGGUCAAAUAUGAAUUAAACUGACGUACAGAGGGUCUUUUUCAUAGCUCUCUUUUCCUUUCUGGAGCAGUCUUCAUCUCAGCCUGGUGCCUUGACAUAGAAAAGAGGGGGUGGGGUAGAGGGUGUGAGUUUUCCACUUUCAAAUUGACCUUGCCAGUGUCCAGUGGAUUUUGGAACUCAAAAUUCAGACUAAACCAAAGCCGGGAUCUGCUUCUUUGUGAUAUACCAGUUGUUGUUUGUGUGUAAAGAAAGUAUUUUAUAGCAUAAUAUGUUUUAGAGAUGCUGCAGUUUUUCUGAUAGUAAGAUAUUUUUGUUCCUAGUGUACUGGGAAGCCAAUAUUGACUGCAGAUUAUGAUAAAAUGAUGCGGAUGAAUUGCAUUUAAAUAUGGUUGUGUGUGUGUGUUUGUAUGUGAAAUUAGUUUUCAGUGCUUGACAGUAUAAUUCUAUGAAAUGUUAGAUAUUUUAGAAGUGGGUUUUUGGUCAAAUUGCAUAAGGUGAGUACAGCAGUUUGUUUAUCAGGGAUAUUCUACAAUGCUCUGACUUGACAUGAGUUACAUUUUUUCUGUUACUAUGACUGUCAAGAUACACCUUCAGUAUAUUUGACGUUGCUCACAAGUUACUUAUAACUGCAGGUCGUUGUAGAAUCAUUCAUUAAACACUUGACAUUUCCUCCCAGUUAAGUUCUUGAUUUCAAGUUGUUUUUCUCAACCUAGAAAGAAUAACCUGUUGUGUUUUUGGUGGGGUGUGAAACUUCAGCUAAUUCAGACACUUGAGACUGAGAACCCACAACAGGCUCUACCACAAAGGCAGCCAUUUUUGUCUGCAAGGUCAUGGGGACCAGAUGAAGUUUUUUAAAGAACUUAUGAAUAGUCAUAACUGAACUUGCCUAGUUUUUCGGUAGUGUUUACUAUUGAGUUAGAAUGAAUGUAUUCUAUGAAUGAUAAAAAUGACGGUUUGGAAACAUUUAUUUGUGAAGCAAAAUGUAAACGUCCAAAUUAUGUACCAGGUGAUAAUUUCAACAGCCCAAAAUUAAGAUGUGCUUUUUUGUCGUCUUUUUUCAUUACUUUUCAUUCAUCUCAUCUGUGAUUGAAAUACAUUGGUUGUAAUUAUUCCUACUAAUUAUUUAUUUUAGGUAACCACCAGUAACCACUAUAGAAUUGCCUGACUUUUUUGUUUGUAUCAUAAUGACUUGUACCAUUGUGCUUGGAAUGGUGGGGGGCCAUUAAAGAUGGUGGGCUUAAGUGGCCAAGUCUGAUGUUACUAAGGAAAGUUAUUAAAUGUUAAAUCGUGGAGCAGUUAUUAAAUGUUAAAUCGUGGAGCAUAAGGGUCUAGAUCAUGUGAUAUAUAAUUCUAUCAGUGAAAUGGCGAAACAAGAACUGAAAUACACAUUUUUUUGAUUGAGUUAUGAAGAGGCACUUCAGCACACUGGUAGUCGUUAAGUGCUGGGAGAAAGUAGAGACGGACAGAAACCACCAAGCAGGAGUACAUGAGAAGGACCAACCACGGGUUUCUUCCGUCUACCUGCGAACAAAUAUCUGACAUUCCAUAGAGAAAUCUAACAUGAAGACAAUCGCGGGUAUUUUUCCUUUUCCUGUAAUAUAAGCUUUUCUGGAGUUGCCCCUUUGCAGUCACUGUCGUUGAUUGUUAAGAAUUUGUGAAGAAUCAAAUGUGCUUUAAAAUUAUUCAAUAUAAAUCAUUAUUUGGGUUAAAGAAUCAGUGACUUCGGACACUUAGGCUUACCUGUGACUUGUUACUUAUGCCUGUUCAGAGCAUUUGAUUCUGUGGUUGGUAUGCCUGCCAGAUCUAUGACAUGACAUGUACCAUUAUUGUGCUGUCAGUGUUGCAGUAUACAAUUGAAACAGUGCAUAGCCACCCUCUGCAUGGCACAGAAGAUAACUGCUCUAUGCUCCUAUUGUUGUUUGACUGAAACACCCCAAGAAAGUUGUAAUGCUUUACGGUUGUCUAACAAGAACUAUCAUGUUGAUGACUAUGUUUGAAAAGACUCCACUUGAAAUAUUUGUUCUGGUAAAUUGUUGUUACUAGUUCUUGUUUUGUACACAGGGGUUGUCUUUCUAUAUUAAAAAACAACACACACACACACAAAAACAGGAGUAUUUGUGAGGCUUGUUUCUGGAUGUGGUAACAAUGGGUUUUUUUCUGUUGACCUAUAUCCAUUCUCAUACCCAGUUAGAUAAGUAGCCAAAGUUAAUGUUGCUUCUCUGUCGAUGUGAUUUUUUUACCUUAAUUUUUAUUUCCCUUUAUGUAUGUUGAUAUGGGUUUGACUUAAGGAUUUGUCACUGCUCUCAGAGUGGUUAUUCUGUCUUCUUUUUUUUAUGUUAGUUUUUUUGCUGUUGUCCCAGACCACCAUGUCUUCUCUUCAUCUUGGAACGAAAGCCAACUCAAUGACAUGACACUUUAAUGUUUCCUACUUAUAUUUUUCUUUCUUUGUAUUUUUCCGUUUGAAGAGGAAAAUUCAAAAUUUUGUGUCUGCAGCUUUUCGGACAAGCUCAUUUUAUUCUGCUGUGCUGGUGCUCCUAAUGCUUUUUUGUCCCUCAUAUGAUAAAGGGCACUUUUGUUAUUGGUGUUUUUUUUUGGUUAAGUGUUUCGAAAAACAAAAUGUCCUUGCACUUUUUACGUUGACCAUACACAUUUUUCAAACUCUGAAUCCCCCUCUUUUUGAUACAACAUCAGCUUUGCUUGGUCUGUAUGUCUUUCUCAUUGUACCACCAUCUGUAUUUACUUUAUGGAUUUUGUUAGCUGAAAAUCACGCUUUGUAAAGAGUAGAAUAUAUAGAAGCAGCACACAAAUAAGGUUACUUCUGAAAAAAUAAUAAACAGGGAUUUAUAUUGAGUUGGGUUUUGAUUUCAUCUCUUUGGCAGACGGCUGUUGGUGGAAAAUCUUUGGAGGGAAGUCUGUCAUUUGAUGUUAAUACACCCUUACAACUCCUGUUAAAUUUCAAAAGCUAAAAUUGUUAGGAAAAUGUUGGCUUUCACUGUUUUAUUUGUUUAUUUAAAUGUGUUUUUGAGUUCCUUCUUACAGUUAUUAGCAGUAUCUGGGUGGGUUUGUAUACAUGAUUGAUAUAAUCUGUGUACCCCUAGUCAGGUAAAGCUGCCAUUACAUCAUGUACCAUUUCUAAACCUUCUUUUUACAUUUUUGUUAUUGUAUUUGAUUUCUUUAUGUGCACCUGAGAUCUGAGAAGUCCAAGUACCCUUUGUUGAAUCGUUUUAUUUGUUUUUGUCGGUCUAUGCACUUGCUCUAGUAUUUAUUUUUGCUGGGCUCUGUUUUUAUAUCCUUUAUAGAGAUGCAAGGGAAAAUGGUGAAAUAUGAAAAUGAUAGGUACUAAAGGUUAAGCAGAGUUUCCUGUUAGUUUCAUGGUGUUUGGCAGAUUUAUUCAUUGUUUAAGAAUUUUAGACAAUAUUUGAAAUGUUACAGUAGGCCUAUGUAAAAAUUAAAUGUUAGGGGAAAUCAAUAUAAUUCUGCCCUGUUUGAUUUGGAGUUGAACUGAGUCAAAGUUUUUUUUUCUUUCAAGAUUAUGAUUACAAUAAAACAAAUCAAAAUUGUAAGUGUAGUUACUAGAAAUUUCAUUAAUGCUUUCUUUGAGCUUGUCUUUUGUUUUUUCAUACUCCCCGUUAAUUAAGUUUAAGUUUCACACCCGCUCUUUACUCACUUAGCUCUAUACAAUAUGAUCUAUUUAUGAUUGUUUUGUUCAGUAAAUUUUCACUGAAUUUUGUAUUCUUAUUUUAGGGAAAUUUACGGGUUACUGAUUCAUAUAACUAUCUGGUUUGUGUUUUGCACAUGUGCUUCCUCUUGAGCUCCUUCAAUUGCUGUUUUCUUAUUUUUGUUUGCUCGUGUUUGGUGGUCAUGGCUGUUACAUUCAUGUCCUGCUCAUGCAUUGCUUGCCUUUUGUACUGAACUCAGUCUUGUGCUUGCAGCUCCACUAUGAAUCAGUUUGUCAAUGAAUAAAUAUGAAAAGAACUACAGU